CGAUUAAGAUCUAUUCAAAGUAUGUGGCUGAAAUGGGCAAACAUAUUUCAGUAGAAACUAUACGAAAUACAUUAAGAAGGUGUGGCUAUAAAGCCAGGGUUAAAUCUAGAAAACCUGCAAUAAAUGAAAAUGCCAGAUUAGAACGUCUUCGUUUUGCCAAAAAGCAUCUUAAAUGGACUGCGGAUAAUUGGAGGAAGGUUGUUUUCUCUGAUGAGAAUAAAUUAGAAUCUGAUUAUGUUAAUCAGACCAAAAAAUUUGGAGGUGGAGGUAUAAUGGUUUGGAGCUGUAUAAUUUUGCGUGGUGUUGGUGAGAUAUGUCGCAUCAAAACUCAUCUAAAUAAUAAAGGUUAUCGCAUAAUUCUGGCCAAAGAUCUUUUUGGCACCUUACUUGAACAUGACUUAGAUCUUAAAGAUGUUAUUUUACAGCAUGAUGGGGACCCAAAGCACAGAGCAACAGAUACGAAAAACUGGAUCAAUCAAAGAAAUAUUAAUACCCUUAAAUGGCCUCCAUAUUCUGCUGACUUAAACCCAAUAGAAAAUGCUUGGAGUGAAGUAAAAAAAUGUCUGGAAGAGCGUCUAAAAGAGCUAGAGCAAGAGCAAGGAUCGGCCACGAAAAAAGAAAAGCUAAAUAAAUUGUGGAAAAUGGUAGAAAAAGAAUAA